AUGGCCGCCGCCUCUCGGCCCCUCGGGGACUGCAACAAGUGCAGAGGCGGCGCGGCGGCGGCGGAGCGCGGGGUCCCCUGGCCGCGCGGCCCCUCUCGCCCCCUGUCGGCCCCGCGCCGGGGGCCGGGAAUGGGUGGGUGGAAGCUGGGUCUCUGUGGUUCGGGUGCCGGGGAAAUCAGCGGUCUUCCUGCAGUGGAGAAGGGAGAGCCUCGAAAGCUGGGAUCGCCCCUCGCCAUCAGUGCCUGGCGCCGGGUGAGGGGUGCGCGGCGGGGCCGGGUCCCCGGAGAGCAGCAGAGCGAGCGGAAUUCCGCUCAGGACACAAGCGCCAACGUUUCUUUCGCGUGA